GUAAAAAAAAUUAAAUUGGCCUUUUCCUGCAUUGCUCUUUUGGUUAAUCCCUAUGAACCAGUCUAUGUCUGAAACUUGGGAAGCGCUUUGGAAUGGCUCUUUAUAGAAACAAUGGUGAGUUGCUCACCGAGAGAAGGGGCAUCAUUGAUGCGGUUGUCAAUUCUCUUGGUAAAAGUGACCAUGGCUCACGAAUCUUGCGUCGUGGUAGAAGGCUUGGUCGGAUUACCAAACACAGACUUUCGCGUUGGCUUCUCCUUCUUACUGCACUCUUUUCAGUUUAUUUCACAGUUUGUGGCCUGAAAAUGUUUAUUCACGAUGGUUCUAUUACAGCUAAAAUGGAAUCUAGGUUCCCAGCGACUCACAGGAUACGGGAAGGGAUCAACCUACACAGUAAACAUGAAGAGCUUAACCUACACAGUAUACACAAAGAGCUCAACCUUCAAGAAACUGUUUCAUUAUCUGAAUUUGGAAAACCACCACCUAAAAGCAAGCGCAGGAAGCAUUUUCCUUGCGAAGUUGAAUUUCUGAAGUCAGUAGAUGGCCUUGCUGAACCCAAGAAUUACAUGAAUUUCACUUGGUUUUCUCUAGAUUAUGUUAAACAAGAAGGAAAAACAUCCGAUAGUGGUUUGUUUGAACCUCGAUUUGGAGGACAUCAGACUCUUGAGGAGAGAGAAAAGUCAUUUUAUGCCAAAAACCAAAUGGUUCAUUGUGGUUUUGUCAAGGGAUCACCAGGGUAUUCAAGCACUGGAUUUGAUUUAGAUGAAAAAGAUAAUGCAUACAUGUCAAAGUGUAAGAUUGCAGUUUCUUCUUGCAUUUUUGGAAGCUCCGAUUUUCUUCGGAGGCCUACAAGUAGACUGAUUAGUCAAUAUUCAAAGAACAAUGUUUGUUUUGUGAUGUUCUUGGAUGAACAAACACUAUCCAAACUUUCAUCAGAAGGGAACAGUCCCGAUGAAAGAGGGCAUAUUGGCCUAUGGAAAGUAGUAGUUGUGAAAAACUUGCCAUAUGAAGACAUGCGGAGGACUGGCAAGGUGCCAAAAUUUUUAGCACACCGCCUCUUCCCAAAUUCUAGGUAUUCAAUUUGGCUUGACAGCAAGAUGAGACUCAAUGCUGAUCCUAUGUUGAUCAUUGAAUAUUUUUUGUGGCGAAGGAAUGCUGAAUUUGCCAUUUCAAAUCAUUAUGAUCGCCACUGUGUCUGGGAUGAGGUACUCCAAAACAAACGCUUAAACAAGUACAACCACACGGCAAUUGACGAACAGUUUAACUUUUACCAAUCUGAUGGCCUAACCAAGUUUGAUCCUUCAAACCCAAAUAAUCCUCUUCCAAGUUAUGUUCCUGAGGGUUCCUUGAUAAUAAGGGCACAUACACCAAUGUCAAAUUUAUUUUCAUGCCUUUGGUUCAAUGAAGUUGAUCGAUUUACUUCUCGAGAUCAACUAAGCUUUGCUUAUACUUAUUUGAAAUUGAGGAGAAUGAAUCCAGAGAGACCAUUUCAGUUGCAUAUGUUCAAG